AUGGCUGCCAGUACCAAUAAUCCCGCUGGAUCCACCAUGGUGAAAGUGCUUUGCUGUGUCUGUGGAAUUCCUAUAGAUCCCAAUGCUGCCAACACUUGCGCCUCCUGCUUGGCGUCUACAUCGGAUAUUACCCGCGGGAUUUCCACCGAAGUCCAUUUGCAUCAAUGCCGGGGAUGUCGUCGAUGGCAUCGAGGAGCCGGGAAAUGGAUGGGAUGCGACUUAGAGUCGCGAGAGUUAAUGUCACUCUGUCUCGCCAACAUUAGUGGACUCAAAGCCAAAAGCAAGGCGGACAAGGGGGUCCGACUGGUCGAUGCCUCGUGGAUCUGGACCGAACCUCAUUCCAUGCGAUUAAAAGUCAGACUCGCCGUACAAAAAGAAGUGCAGGCGGGAACCAUUCUGCAACAAUCCUUUCUCGUAGAAUUCAUUGUCCGCAAUCAACAGUGCGUCGAUUGUGCCGCCGAAUUUCGACAAGGAACCUGGAAAUCACUCGUACAAGUGCGACAACGCGUCGGACACAAACGGACAUUUCUCUACCUCGAACAGCUCAUCCUCAAACACGGGGCUCAUCGUGGGUGUUUAUCCAUUGAAGCUUUUAAGGAUGGUAUGGACUUUUACUUCCCUGACAAAGGAAAGGCUGCCAGAUUUAUCUGCUUUUUGGAAAAUGUGGUUCCCAUCAAAACAAAGUGCUCCAAAAAGUUAAUUGGGACCGACGACAAAUCCAAUGUUUCCAAUUUCAAAUACACCAAUUUGGUCGAGAUUUGUACUCUCUGUAAAGACGAUCUCCUAUACUUGCCCGCCAAGACGGCACGCAAUAUGGGAAACAUCUCACAGUUGGUACUGGUCAAGAACAUUUCCAAUCUCAUUCACUUCAUUGAUCCUCUCUCGGGACAAACCGCAUCCAUGAAUGCCGAACAGUACUGGAGAGACCCCUUGCGACCCAUCAUCACGGCCGCACGAUCCAGAAUGACACGCUUUGUCGUGUUGGGAAAAGAACCCGUUGUCCUACGACGCAAUGUCUCCAAACGAACCACGUCCAAAAAACAAAAGAGCAAAUUGGCCGAACUCACAUUGGCCAAAGAGGAUGACUUGGGCGUCAACGAUGUCCAGUAUCAGGAUCGAUCCCAUGUCGGGUAUCUCAUGAAAUCGGGCGAUGUUGCUGCCGGAUACGACUUGAAACAGGCACAAUUUGUACAUGACGAGGCCGAAGAAUUGAGACAAGCCGGGAAAUUGCCCGAUGUCGUUGUCAUUCGCAAACUCUAUGGAGGAGAAAAGCGUCUCUGGCAAUUGAAACGGUUGGAUGUAGAUGUUACCGAGACUGCCUUGUCGUUGAAAGCACGGGCGGCCAAGAAUCAAGAAGAAGCCGAUCAUAUGGACGAAGAAGACUUUAUGCAAGAGGUGGAAGCCGAUAAGGAAAUGCGACAAAAUAUGAACCUCUACAAGAGUGCAGUAGUACCGCAACAACCAAAGAACGACGAGGAUGAUGACGAAGAUGAUGAUGAUCAACAAAUCCGCUUGGAAGAGUUGUUGGAUGCAUUGGCAUUGGAUGCCGGACCUGAUGAUGAAAUGGAAGAUGCCGAGGGGGAGGAUGGAAAUCUUGCCCCAGGAGAAUAUGAGGAGGGAGAAAAGGCGGCCAAGGACGGAAUCAAGUACAUCGACCGGGAAGCUGCUAGAGGCAUCAAGGAAAAGGAUGUUGCGGUUCCUGUCACUGGAGGUACUUUUGACAAGGAACUUGAUUUUGAUGAUUUGUAG